GCUGUUCGUUUAUGUUUCUUUAUCUGUUAGUCGCAGCUUUUAGUUUUCACAGGUUACUCGCGGAGAUCGAAUUAGGCAAUAAUUGUACAGUGGAUCAUCUGACUCCAUUACGAAUCAUUAUCUUAUAUCAAACUCUUUUACAAGAAUUCAUGUGGAAUUUUAAAUGAUUUCGAGGAUCUCUGUGGACAUCAGAUACGUUGGAAUCUUGUUGUGGAUCCUCUGACCUGAUGAGUAAUCAUUAUCUUAUCUAAAAAAAUAACUGUAACAAGGACAGAUUCGAAGGCUCAAAGAGAUUCCUGACCACUCCGGCUUCGCAAUCUACACUCGUUUGUGUCCCGACACGUGCAUUUUGUUCUCUUGUCUUACUCUACAGGUCUUAUUGUUUCUUCUGACAACUUAUAUUUAAGACAGAGAGAUCAAGCUCGUCAUUAACACCGACGUGUACAUUCGGGUAGGUGUUCAUUGUGUUACUUUAAACGUUAACGAGGAACUUAACCAUCUGGCUAACUUUUUUUUUUUAGAUAGCUAACUGCUUAGCUAGCGAUUUGAUUAGCUAUUACUACUACGGGCACAGCAGUUUUGCGUGGAGAGUCAGCCGGAGUGUCAUUUCUGUAUCAAUUCAUUGAUGCAUAGCAAUACAAUGUUUCCUGAAAUCUGCCGCUAUGCAGCUGGAAGCACAGAAAGUUGUAUGUGGCCAGAGCUUGCUGUCCAGUUCCCUCAGAGUGUAUCUGAACAACAAGAACCGACUGCAGCCCAUCAUCGGUCUGAGCUGCAUGACAGAGUGUGUUAAGCUCAGUGGAGGCUCUGAGGCGGUGUACUUGUGUGAUGUGUGUAUGUGUCGUCUCGGUAAGGCCGACGUCCGGAGCCACAUCAUGGGGAGUCUCCACCGAUACAACUACAUCAAAAUCCAUCACCCUCACUUUGUGUCUGAGUGGAAGCAGAGCACUGAGCUGUCCAAGAUGGCUCGGCCUCUUAUGGAGAUGGCUCAAAUACUGGAGAACAAGGAAGGAACCGGGGACGUGCAGGUGCUGAGGUUGGAUGCUGCUAUGUUUGAGGAGGUCACAGCCCACAGUGAGAGUGAUGUUCUCAUCCUGUUGCGUGCUAUCAAGACCGAACAAAAGCGGACGGUGACCCAGGGCCAAUCGGAGGAGGCUUUAGCCGGUUCUGAGUGUUCACUCGUCCCGUCACAGAGAACUGUGAUAUCCCCCGGGAGGCUCCCGGUCCAGCUGGAGAAGGCUGCUGUCCAAAUUGACAGCCAGAGGGGAGGGUUUGUCCACAGAAGCAACCCCCUGCUUGGUGCUUCAGUAAAGCGUCCUGCAUCAGCCUUACCAUGGCCGCACGACAACGGUCUUUCCCUGAUCCAUGAUGACGUCACAGACGGAGGUCAGGUGUUACCGGGCGGGUCUGUGGGGGAGGGGUUUGGACAAGACGGAGUUCCUGCGAAGCUUAUUCGUUGUGAGCCGGUGUUCAAGGUGAGUCUGCCUUUGACUGAUGGCCCCCUGCUGCUGGAGAGGAAUUCCUUUAGCCUGGAACCCUCCCCCGCCUCCCCCGCCUCCCCCAUACACUCACCCGUUCACUCAACCAGCGUAGGUGCCUCGCCCCAGCCCCCUUCCACAUCCUUGCAUUCAGUUGGUCAGCCAAGAAACAGAGCUGCAACGGGACCUGGAAACACACAGAUAGUUGAAUAUAAACGCACUGUCAAUGCCAGAGUCGACACAGCCAGACACAAUCAACAGCUGACUAGGGGAGAGGAACAGAGGGCAACUGACCACGGCCUGUACAUCGGGAGAGAUCAGGACAGAGCUGACCGUCUGUUUUCAAAGAAUACCAGAUUCACCGAUACAAAGUUCGGUGUCCGCGUGAUACAGGACCACAGACUGCGCAGUACUGACCCUGGUGCUGGAGAUACGAUCGCUGACUUAGUGUCUGCUGCCCAACCGAUUUUCCUUACUACUGGUCAUCACUCGGGUUGUGUGGAAGAGGAGAGCUUGACCAACAGUCCUCCAAUGGAUGAAGAACAGGAGGAAGUGAAAGGGAAUAUUUGUCAUUCUGCUAGGGGACAGAGGCUUGCAGAGGACCACAGGACAACAGACUGUCUGUAUUCUACUGGAGAGAGGAUAGCUGACAGUGGGUAUUCCACAGGAAGCAAGUCAAUUGACAGAAUGUACCAAACAGUAGAAAGAUCAACUGACAGUCAGUUCUUUAUAGCAGAAGCGACGUCUGAUCGUGGGUACUCAACUGGAGUGGCGCUUACUGAACGGGGGUACUCAGGAGUGGGGCUAACUGAACGGGGGUACUCUACAGGAGUGGGCCUAACUGAACGGGGGUACUCAGGAGUGGGGCUAACUGAACGUGGGUACUCUUCAGGAGAGGGGCUAACUGAACGGGGGUACUCAGGAGUGGGGCUAACUGAACGGGGGUACUCAGGAGUGGGGCUAACUGAACGGGGGUACUCUUCAGGAGAGGGGCUAACUGAACGGGGGUACUCUUCAGGAGAGGGGCUAACUGAACGGGGGUACUCAGGAGUGGGGCUAACUGAACGUGGGUACUCUUCAGGAGAGGGGCUAACUGAAUGGGGGUACUCUUCAAGAGAGGGGCUAACUGAACGGGGGUACUCUUCAGGAGUGGGGCUAACUGACUGUGAGGUUUUAGAGGAAGAAAAGGGUUUCAGAGAUGAAAUGCAGAAAGGAUGUGGACUUAUUGUAGAGGUCAUGGUGGGGAACCAUAGACGGGGAAGAAAAAGUGAAAAGAAAAAAAGAAAGAGGGAGAAAUCGAACUUUUACAGAAAACAGUACUUUAAAUUGCAGCCUCCAAAACUGCACCAGGCACAGGGUUUCACAGGAGCUCAUAACGGUGCCUCAGGGCUUUGCAUGGUUGACACAGUAGAUCUCCAACAUGGCAUAGCCACCUAUAGAGACCAGACAGAGCCAGUCUACCACAGAGCAGACAUGAGCAGUCAUAAUGAUGUCAUAAGUAGACCUAUGAGUGACCUAGCAGCAAUGUCACAGGUACACUUGGAGUGCAGAAGAUCCUGGCACUAUGAAGGCACACAGCUGACCGCUGAUACUUACAGAACCGGGCCAUGUGAGUAUGAGACCCACCCUAAUCACUCUAACCCUGACCGGUUCAGACCCGAGCCCCUCCGGUACCCGCAUCAUGCUCUGGCCCCAGGGACUAGACCCCAUCUUGACUCUGGUCCUUUCCCCGUGAAGAUUGGGGGCGUUCAGACACCAGGUUAUGAUGGGUUUCCCCGGGCCCUGUCUGUGACGGCUUCUUCACCCCGCCACCCUUGGCCCUGUGAAGUGGAAGGUUAUGGCCCGGCCCCGUCUGACCCAUACCCGCUCCCGAGCCAUGAUCGUUACAGAGAGGUGGCCCGGGGCCACGGGCCUGCCACGUUUCAGUGGACUUUUUCAGCACCACCCCGGUUCUAGCUACCACACGUGUUUUGUAUUUCAUUUACACUAGUCGUUCUCCGACCACUCCUCAGGACGCCCAGAUGUCUCGCAAUUCCUUUUUAACGCUGAACUAGGGACUAGUUGAAAAAUGCAAACUGGUCAAAACUGUAACAUUUGCUGAACAUUUACAUUGCUGUGCAAUGUGCAUGAAAAGUAAAUGAUGAUAAUUAACUAGCUAACCUGAAUUAUAUAGCUGAUAAUGAGUUUACAGAGGUGGCCUGCAGUACGUCAAAUACGUGGAAUGGCUGGGGUGCCCAGGAAACGUUUGAAAACCACUCCUUAAGUUUCACUUUAUGUUGGUUAAAAUGGGCAGGUGUUUUGUGUGUUUGUUUUAUACACUGGAUUUCACCCUGUAAAUGUGAUUUGGAUUUCAUGCCUUCUUGAUUCUUUUAGCUUUUCUGUGUGGGAACGUAUUUUUGUAUGCCGAAUGAAGAUGGAGUUAUAAAAAAAGCAUUGAAUAGUGCCUCAGUAUUUGUCUGUUGUUAAGCCUAUGUGAGCACAUUCUUAGUUUGACAUGCUGUUUAAAGAAUAUGAUACAGAAUAUGCUACGGAGCUGAUCUAUGUUGAAAUUCAGCAAUUUUGCUAAAAUGUUAAAAGGUAAUUGAGGAGAAAUGUUAUUGGGUCUAUUCUAUAGGUUGAAUAUUGAUCUUUCUUGAAGUCCUGAGGGAAGCUUCACCAUGUACAUACAUUUUUAAUUUGGAUCAGCUGAGGAAUCAGCUUGAGGUUCAGUGUGUUGAACAUGUUAUGGACAACACAGGUUUUUUAACUUUCAUUUUCUUACCAAGUAACUUGUCUAUGAGGUUAUAUUAUAUUCAGCAAACAUCCAUGUUGAGCAAUUUCAUAUGGUUAAUUUGCUCAUGUGAAGAUUUUUUCUUUGUAAUUUACAAGUUCCGCACCACCCUGUAAAGUGAUUUGAGGAUUUAUUCUUGUUUGUUUUUUUGUCACUUGUGUGUUGUCACUUGGCCUGUUCUCAAUUGUUCUCCUUACCUCGCCUCCUGAAAACCAGUUUGUAGAGAAGGGCAGGACAUAUGACUUCUCAGCCAGAUGGGGUGCAGAGGCUAUUGUUAAAUAGCAGUUGACCAAACUAAAGCUUCUCACCGCCCAAUAUAUGUUUGUGAAGAACACACUGAAUUGAAGUAAAAUUUUCUAGCAGUUCCUAAUAAAGACUUGAAUAACACCUUU